AUGGGGGACUGCAGCGAGAUCUCUGCGCCAUCGCGCAAGAAAGAGCAUGACCUCCCCGACGAGCUGCUCGAACUAGUAUUCCUGCGCCUCCCCUCGUCUCUUCACCUCGUCCGUGCGGCGUGCUCGUGCAAGCGAUGGCGCCGUAUCAUUGCCCACGGCGGAUUCCUCCGCCGCUUCCGAUCUCUGUGCGCGUCCCCGCUCGUCGCGGGACACUACCGCGUCGAUGACCGGAAAGACGGGGCGUGUUCGCCGGGCUGCAGCCCCGUCUUCUUCCUCUCGCCGACGGCGGACGCCCUAGGCUUUCGCCCCGAGCACUUCUCGCUCGACUUCCUCCCGUCCCGCGACAGUGGCUCAUGGGACAUCGCCGACAGUCAAGGCGGCCUCGUCCUCCUCAGCGAGUGUACAGAAGAACAACGUGGCGAAGAGACGCCGCCUCUCUUCCAGGACCUCAUCGUCUGCGAGCCCCUUACUCGGCACUACCGUGUGAUCCCUCGGCCGGCGUGGCUUCACGGCUCUCUCUACUGCGGCGCCUUCCUGCUUGGCGGCGACGCCGACAAGACCGGUGAGCGCAUCAGCCUUUCAAAUUUCAGGAUAAUAGCAUCUCUGGUAUUGAGAGGCAUUGCUAGGGCCGCUAUAUUCUCAUCCGGCAGCGAGAGUGACAGUGGCUGGAAAACUGCUUCCAUCACGGCGGACAGCCUCGUGAGACCCCAGGACAGGCCAUACUUCGAGGGGCAGGUCGCAGAAUCUAUUUACUGGUCCACUGUAGAGAAGGAAAUCAUUGCCCUUCACAAACACACCGCCAAGUUCUCUUGCUCCGUUUUCCCGGACGAAACAUCGUAUUGCAGGCUCAAGUUUGUGGGCUGCGACAGUGGCAAGGUGCGCAUUGCCCGCCUUGACCACAUCCACCUCAAGGUCUUCGUCAAAGAGGAGGACGCUUAUGAAUGGGUGCUGGAGAAGAGUGUCGAACUGCAGCAACUGGUCCGUGAAGUUCCUGAUCAAGAUGAUGGCGAGUUGCAAGCCACCAUGCUGAACAACAUCGUCUCGGUGGCGGAUGGGUCUGUCUUGUUGUGUACAGACCGAGGUGUAGGGCUAGUCUCCGUCGACCUUGCCACCAUGGAGUUUAAGCGAGUUGCUUUCGACGAAGACAAGUACCACGGGCCAGCCUACAUGUACGAGCUGCCAUGGCCUCCCACAAUUCAAGCAUGCUUAGACUGA